GCUGCUGUGAUGGGCAGGGCAGGGGAGAAGCUCAGGGAGAUGCGAGCGCUUUGUUCCCGGCCGGCAGCUGGCAGGGUAAGGAAGGGAGAGCGGCGGGGGCCGCCCAACCUGCUCUGCAGCAAUCUCUGGCUGCCCCUCGGCAGAGACAGACUGCAGUAACUGCCCGGGCAGAGCAGGUUAAAACAAGAGCGGUUUGCUGUUUGCAGAUGAAACCUGCGCUGAGCCUUCCUGUGGGUAAAUGUUUCUUCUCCAGCGAGGCUGUGUGUGCGGGGGUAACCUUUACGGUUUGGCAAACAAAUCUGACACCAAGCUCGCCUCCAGUCGCUGUGCUCUCACUCUCCUCAGCGGCAGGAGCUGACUUUUGUCUCCCAAGGAGUGAAGAUGAAUUGUUACAAAAACGAGCACAAGCCCCUGCUCCUCCAAAACCUCUCCGGGAAUUUAAUGACAGCCAGAAUUACCAAGAUUUUCAUCACCCACCUUCACGGCGACCACAUCUUUGGGCUCCCCGGGCUGCUGUGCACGCUCAGCCUCCAGAGCAGCCCCGAUGCCAGCAAAGCCCCCGUUGAUAUUUACGGGCCACUGGGGCUACGGAGCUUCCUCUGGAGGAGCCUGGAGCUGUCCCACUCGCAGCUCCUCUUCCCCUACACCGUCCACGAGCUGGUCCCCACGCCGGACCAGUGCCCCGCAGAGGAAUUCAAGGAUUUCUCUGGCUUGGACAGGGCUGAGGCGCUUCCCCAGGGGCCUCCAGGGAGAGUCCUGCACCUGGAUCCAGCAGAAGACUCCUACUUGCUGGUGGAGGACGAGCAGCUGGUUGUGAGAGCGUUCCGCCUCUUCCACCGCGUGCCCUCCUUCGGCUUCGUGCUGGAAGAAAAGCCCCGGCCUGGGAAGCUCAACGUGCAGAAACUGAAGGACCUCGGAGUCCAGCCAGGCCCCCUGUACGGGAGGCUGAAGAGCGGGGCUGCCAUCGUGCUGGAGAGCGGAGCCACGCUGCGUCCCGCGGACGUGCUGGAGGCGCCCAUUCCCGGCAGGAAGAUCUGCGUGCUGGGCGACUGCUCGGGGCCGCUGGGGGCCGGGGCACUGCGGCUGUGCCAGCAGGCUGACCUGCUGGUGCACGAGGCCACGCUGGGGGACAGCCAGCAGGACAAGGCGCGGGAGCGCGGGCACAGCACCCCCGGCACGGCCGCGCGGCUGGCACGGCAGUGCCGCGCCAAGAGGCUGGUGCUGACACACUUCAGCCAGCGCUACACAGCCGGCCACGCCGAGCUGCAGCAGCUCAGGGGACAGGCCGAGGCCGUGCUGGACGGCCAGGAGGUGAUGCUGGCCGAGGACUUCAUGACCAUAGAGAUACCAGUGAAAAAGUGAAAAUGUGACUUUAUGUCCCCACUGAGAUCCCAGUGACAAAGUGAAAUCCAGGGAAUUUGUGACCUCAGAGAUCCCAAUGACAAAGUGAAAAUGUGACUUUAUGUCCCCACAGAGAUCCCAGUGAAAAAGUGAAAAUGUGACUCUUUGUGACCUCAGAGAUCCCAAUGACAAAGUGAAAUCUGGGGACUUUGUGACCACAGAAAUCCCAAUGACAGAGUGAAAAUGUGACUUUAUAUCCCCACAGAUGAGAUCCCAAUGACAGAGUGAAAUCCAGGGACUUUGUGCCCAUGGAGAUCCCAGUUAAAAAAUGAAAAUUUGGGACUUUGUAACUACACAGAUCCCAGUGACAGAGUGAAAAUGUGACUCUAUGUGACCACAGAGAUCCCAAUGACAAAGUCAAAACUGGGGACUUUGUGCCCACAGAGAUCCCAAUUAAAACAUGAAAAACGGGGACUUUGUGCCCACAGAGAUCCCAAUUAAAACAUGAAAAGCGGGGACUUUGUGCCCGCAGAUGAGAUGGCAGUGACAAAGUGAAAUCCAGGGGGAUGUCAAUGGCGAGGUGCAGAGGGUGUUGCUGUUGAUCUGAGCUGUCUGUGGGGACAGGGUGGAGUGGCCCAGCACUGCAGGUUGCCAGCAGAGCCUUUGGUGGCCAGACGAGCUCUGCAGAACUGCAAACUGCAGGGAGUUGUGUUGUUUCUGUACAGGGAGACGAGAGGAUGCUCCAGCCCCUGGCACCUGGAGCGAAUGCACAAGUGGCAGACUCCCCAGAGCCCGGGGCCUCCCAGGGCACAGCACUGCAUCCCCUGGCUCAGUGCACCUCAGGAGGGUGUCCUGACCCUUAAAAACCUCGGGGAACAUCUCUGCCACCCCCCAGGCAGCAUUCUGUGGCCUUGAAGUUAAUAAAGCACUGAGACCCUGCCGAGCGUUUGUAACUUCUGCUCAUCGGCUCUUCUCAUUGCCCAGCUGCGUGUGAAGUUGUUUCAUCAAUAAAUAAAGUUUAGGCUUCCUGUCAGCAGUGAAUUUCUCUUAGCAGUUCGAUCCACUCAAAGCUCUGAAGUGUCAGCACUGCAUUUUCCCGCCC